AACGAUUUCAUGCUACCUCAACGACGUGAGUUUGAGUAUCAACGUGGCGACAUCCGCUAUCAAAACUUUCUUUAUCUUGUUUAGAACAAUUUAACUUGCUUUCACGAACAGGUGUUUUGAGUCUGAUCCACGCCUUUCGAGUCUCCUAUCGUCAUAGCGUGUUUAUGCUGCGUUUAUUGUUAAUGGUGGUAUAUAUAUAGGCGUUUACUCGCCUAGGGAUCAGAAGCUAUUUGCCAUUGCUGUGUGUGUUUGCGACCAAACUAUUUUCUGCCUUCAACAGCACAGGAUGAUUUCAAGGAGCGUAUUUGUGCUUGGGCUUCUCUCACUGGCAGUGGUGGCCUUCGCUGAACAGGAAGACGCAAGCAAGCACUCGGCUCUGCCAAAGAGUAUCAAGCAGUCAAAGAAGCGGACUUGUUUGUCAUGGGACUGCGCGGACGGUGACGAGAGCGAAGGUCUACAAGUAGUCAUAGCCGAGCCCCCCUACGAGGAAGAAUACGAAGACGAUUCCCAUGAACGCGCGGGGUCCGAGAAUGGAGAUGUGAGGUACCCCGUUUUGGAAGAUAUUUUCGGGAAAAGGGCGAAGAAGGGUGGUUCACGGCGGUGUCUUGGUUGGAUGUGCAGAGAAAAGCGAGCGAAAGAGCAAGAUAAAAAGAGAAAAGUAUCACCCCAAAGGCGAAGAACCGUCAAGUCAGGGAGUGGUAGCAGCAUUUUCCCGGUCAAGAGAAGCAAACUAACGAAGAAAUGUUUAGGGUGGGAUUGCCACAACUACAGAAGAUCGGAUGACAAAAAGCGGAUGGAAGCACGGAAGGGGGCGAGGCGAGAAGAACAAGCUAAAAAACGCGAAGGAAACGAAACCCAGCAGAAGGGGAACAAACGCUGCUUGGGGUGGAAAUGCAGUUAUUAUUAUAAGAAGAAGCGAGGCAUGGCGCGGGAUACAGGCUCUCGAGAGUGGAGGAGGACGGUCAAGGAAGCGGCACAAAAACGAUCAACUGGACUAAAAAACGAUGGAGUUAUACCGAUUUAGUGUGGACUCGGAUUCUUACAAGAGCAGCAAAACCGAAGUGCGCACAACACAGACUGGAUAUUCGACCAUUUACACCUGUAUCAUUUGUAUAUGCAUGGAUAUGGGAUACAUCUCAACAAGCAAUUUUCUCAUAGACGAUUUGUAGUUACUAUUUUGGCGACACCUAUAGAACAAGAUUAAUAACAGAACCGUUUCCUCGUGAAGAGAAAUGCGGUCCGUUUUUUGGCGCGCAAAGAAAUGAGACAUCAUAAUAGAAACCUAGUUCCUUGCGCUCUUACCGGGUUUCCGGUGCACAUAGAUGAACCGUGAGGAAGCGUGGGUUCUGGGUCGGGAUUUCCCAAAGACUUCAUGUCUUUUAACCACCACAGGAUACCCGAUAGGAACAUCUUAGCCUUGGCUGCAUGACACAACCGCGCUGUUAACGGGCCUUGAUGUUCGAUAGUCUUUGCGGGCGUGCACUAAUCACGGAAACAGUCUGCGUUACUCAAAAUUAUAUUGUGUUAUAGUUCAUUUUAUUUCAUAAAUAAAGAAAUACUGAGUGAAUGCAUAAA